GUGCCGCGAAGGCGCCCAGAAGGAUGAGCAUCAUAUUCUGUCGGAGGAACACUUGCAGUGAUAAUCGUCUGGGCCCUUGCUUUGACGAAGCAUGCGAGAUGGAAGGCUGUUUGUCGGCCAUGUUUGUGCCAAUUGUCUCAACGAGGGCCUUUAAUUCCGUGUCUAGUUCUUUCUCUUGGUCUCUCAACUGUUUCAGCUUCGCCUGAUGUGCCCUUUCUUCUUGCUCCUGCCGCUCUUCUUUCACGACGAAAGGAUCCAUUUCGUCUCGUAGUUUGUCAUCGUGACGAUCCAAGGCAUUGAAGUGGGUUAAAAGGGCAGCAUAACGUGCCUGAUUUGUGUGUCCGCCGUAUUUGUAGUAGUAUUCCGAAUGUUGAGCCCCAUUGGCUUUGAGGAGGACGGCGACAUCUUUCAGCUCCGGCUGCAUCACCUGCACAGAAACAGCACUCAGUCAUGCCAUGUGUGUAAAUCAGUGUGGCAUUCAUCUCUUCAUGCUUAUCCCUCCGCUCACCACUUCAUCCAAAGGCGCCACGAUUAGACCGCCGGCCAGCUGCCGUGUGCCAAGGUUGGGGUCUGCUCCGGCUUCCAACAGCAGCUCCACAGUGUCGAAUAUCCGAGCGGCUCGCGCGCCAUCAGCAUCCCACGCCAAGGGGCUGCCGGUCGCUGUCUCGGCCAUCACUGCGCGAUGAAGCGGCUCGCCGCACGCCAUGUUUGGAUCUGCGCCAUUAUCAAGAAGCGUCUUCACAGCCAU